CCCAAAUCGAGGUGAUCCCGUGCAAGAUCUGCGGAGACAAAUCCUCAGGGAUCCACUACGGUGUCAUCACCUGCGAAGGCUGCAAGGGUUUCUUUCGGAGGAGCCAGCAGAACAAUGCCAGCUACUCGUGCUCCCGGCAGAGGAACUGCCUGAUCGACCGCACCAACCGCAACCGCUGCCAGCACUGCCGCCUGCAGAAAUGCCUGGCACUGGGCAUGUCCCGCGACGGUGAGUGCUGCCCCCGGUCCCCAGGGCCCCUGCUGCUCCUCGGAGCGGGUCAGGCGCUCAGGAUGGAGCUGAUCCCCCCGCAGGGCCAGCGGGUGCGAGGAGGGAUUGGGAAGCAAGAAAUGGUUUUGUGUUUUCCGUGGGAAAAUCGAAAUUGCGCCAUUCCCGCCUGCAGGACUCCCAGCUGGGAUGUGUGCCCAGACCUCAGCAUCUGCACCCUGGCAUGGGCACACUGGGCACGGGGGGGUCCCCGUGCUCCCCNCACCACGAGCGUCAGCAGCGGCCUCUCGGACCUGGACGACAUCUCCACGCUGUCCGACGGGCUCCUCUUCGACUUCCCCCUGACCCCCGACGGCGGCAGCACCUACUACAACCUGGACCUGCUGGCCUCGGCACAGCCCUCGCCCGACCAGUCCAGCCUGGACGUGGCCGAUGCCACGCUCAUCAAGCAGGAAUCCCUCUACGAGCUGAUGCUGGAGCCGGCGCUGCUGGCACACGGGGCGCUGGAGGGAGCCCAGCUGCCCCCUGACAUCUCUGUCCUGGAGAUUGACCGGGUGGCCCAGAACGUGGUGAAGUCCCACCUGGAGACGUGCCAGUACACCACGGAGGAGCUGAAGCGCCUGGCCUGGAGCCUCUACUCGCCCGAGGAGGUCCGUGCCCUGCAGAGCAAGAGCUGCGAGGCCAUGUGGCAGCAGUGCUCGCUGCAGAUCUCCAACGCCAUCCAGUACGUGGUGGAGUUCGCCAAGCGCAUCGACGGCUUCAUGGAGCUCUGCCAGAACGACCAGAUCAUCCUGCUGAAAGCCGGUUGCCUCGAGGUGCUCCUGAUCCGCAUGAUCCGCGCCUUCAACCCCCUGAACAACACCGUCCUCUUCGAGGGCAAGUUCGGUGGCAUGCAGAUGUUCAAAUCUCUCGGCUGUGACGACCUCAUCGGUGCCGUCUUCGAGCUGGGCAGGACCUUGUGCCGCCUGCAGCUGUCGGACGAGGAGCUCGCCCUCUUCACUGCUGCUGUGCUGCUCUCCCCAGACCGCCCGUGGCUGACCGAGUCCAAGAAGGUGCAGAAGCUCCAGGACAAGAUCUACGUGGCCCUGCAGCACGAGAUCCAGAAGAAACACUCCGCUGAGGACAAGCUCUCGAAGAUGGUUUCCAAGCUGCCCUUGAUGAAGACCAUUUGCAACCUGCACUUGGACAAGCUGGAAUUUUUCCGUCUCCUGCACCCGGAGACUGCCAUGAACUUCCCCCCUCUCUACAAGGAGGUUUUCAACUCUGAGCUUCAGUACAGUGACCCCCGGGAGAGCUAAGGCCAGGAGCCAGCGGCCCCCUUGGAGUUCCCCAAAAU